AACUUGUGUAAAGAUUGUUUCAAAAAACUUCUCUGAGACAAAAAAAAAAUUGGAAAAAAAAAUUUUAAGUAAUAAAAAUUAAUUAGUAAAAAGCAAAAUGUCUUUAAAUCCUAUAAUGACUCUCUUCUCAAUGAGCCUCUGCCAAAAGCGUCUCUUAAGUCUUGUUAAAACAAAAUUGCAAACGCGUUCCUUUGCAGAGGAUUGUAGUGGAAAGAGUAAGCUAAAAGGAAUCGUAUUGGGUUUGUAUGAAAUAGAAGAAGAAGGUCUUCAACCGGUGCUUACUAGUAGCGCUGAAAAGUUUGAUGAUCGCGUUAAGGGAAAAAUUACUGAACUUGUUAAAAUGUGUCAAAUGAGUGGCAAAACAGGAGUAGGUCAGGUAUUUAAUAACAUUGAUAUGGAGUUUCAGUCAGUAGCGCUUGUUGGCGUUGGAAGACAAGGAAUAGGGUUCAACGAGCUGGAAAUGAUUGACGAGGGAAUGGAAAAUGUUCGAGUAGCAACAGCAGUUGGUGCCCGCAGCUUGCAAGCAAUUAAUUGCGGAGAAAUUUAUGUUGACUCAAUGGAGUACCCAGAACAGGCAGCUGAAGGUAGUUCUUUAGCUAUUUGGAGAUACCAUGAACAUAAGGAUAAAAAACACCGCACAAUAACACCUAAAUUAGAAUUGUAUGACCAUAGCGAUGUGGAUGCGUGGACUCGUGGUUUAUUUAAGUCCGAAGCACAAAAUUUAGCACGUCGACUUAGUGAUACACCAGCUAACUUAAUGACGCCAACUACUUUUGCACAAAAUGCAGUUGACGCACUAUGUCCAUGCGGUGUCACUGUUGAGAUAAGAACAAUGGACUGGAUUGAAACCCACCAGCUCAAUUCAUUUUUAAUGAUUGCUAAAGGUUCAUGUGAACCGCCAAUACUUUUAGAAGUUAGUUAUUGCGGUACCGCGCCAGAAGAUAAGCCCAUCUUGUUAGUCGGCAAAGGCAUGACAUUUAAUAGUGGUGCAAUCAAUUUGCGCCGUUGCAAAGAUAUGGAUGAAUUUCGAGGAGCUAUGAGCGGGGCUGCUGUUAUUGUAGCAACAAUACGAGCUGCUGCUGCAUUGUCACUUCCUAUUAACAUAUCAGCAGUUAUACCAUUGUGUGAGAACAUGCCAUCCGGUAUGUCAACUAAGCCGGGCGAUAUAAUAAGAUUGUUAAAUGGUAAAACGAUGGCAGUAAGGGAUCUCGAUAAAGCUGGUGUUGUUAUAAUGGCAGACCCAUUGUUAUAUGGGCAGGUUACAUAUAAGCCACGCUUAGUUGUGGAUGUUGCCACAUUGGGUUACGGCGUGAAGAAAACCUUAGGCGGUGGCGCUACUGGUAUCUAUUCGAAUUCGCAUUACAUUUGGAAGCAGUUCCAGAAAGCAGGUUCACUAACUGGGGAUCGUGUGUGGCGUUUUCCAUUAUGGCAAUUUUAUAAGAAACUUGUAACUAGUAAGUACAAAUAUUAUAGUAGAAUAUAAAUGCAAUUAAAGAGA